AUGCGUAUUCUAACAAUACUGCUUGUUGUUGGUCUAUGGCGAGCAGCAGUGCUUGAGGAGACGAACAAUGCUAAAUCAUUAUUCAAGUCAAUAAUGGAAGUGGAUCGAGCCUUAGCAGAGGAAAUCAAGAGUGAUAUAUCAGAGGCAAAAGACAAGAAAGAUCAGCUGAAAGACCAAUUAUCUCAAGAAAUACAAAACACAGUACAAAACCUCAAGGAUGCUUUGAAAGAAAAGGUUGACAAAGUUCGUGAAAUUGAGAAGGCUUAUAAAGACCAAAAAUCCGCCGACAAAAAGCAGGCCUACGAAGAUUGGAAGAAUCUAAUCCAAGGCAUAAAUGAAACGAAAGUCGCUUGGGAGGAGGAAAAAGAAAAUAAGAUAGCUGAGGUGGAAAAGGAAAUACAACAAUUACUGAAUGCACUCAGGCUAGAGUACGAGGAAAUAAAGAAGCAAAGGGCGACUCAACAAAAGGAUGAUCAGGAGAAGUAUCGUCAGGCUUGUCAAGAAAAAAUGGAGGAAAUGGGAUGCAUCCAGGAGGCAUCGAAUGGCUCCAGUAGUGCCAGUAGUGGGGGCAGGAAGCAUCAGAAGGAGAGCACGUUGGAAGAGAGCUUAAAAACUACCUUCGCCAUGGACAAAAUUGAAGACGUUUUGGACAAGGUAAAAGCUAAGCGGCAAAACAGCGUUCUAGUCGAGCCGAGAGCUACAGUAUUGGACGAGAUAACAGGAGUGUCCGCUUGGCAGACGGUGACAUGGAUUCUAUUGGCACUUUGCAUAAUCAUGGGAGUUGCUCUGAUUGCAAUGAUUGUUUACCAGGUGGCUCAUCACAACAAAUACCACCAUCUCGAUGGUAGCAAUCAUCCGGGUGAACGUACACCAAUUGCUCGAAAUAUGGGUCCUGGGUAUCUAGGUGAAGGAAAAUCAUCACCUACCCCUAUGUCGUCAGCCCCACCACCCGGAGAGACUCAGCAGUUUUGA